AUGAUAACUAAUGCUGCUCUUGGAUUUUCAUUGUUACUUGUAUUCUUAUCCGCCUGUGUUAAUCCUUACUUUAGUACCAGAUGCCCUGUGAUAAAAAAUGAUUAAGGAUCAGAUAAAGAUAUAGAUACUUUUAAAUUGACAAUUAAAUCACCAAAUGUUACUGUUAAUGAUAUUUUAGACAAAAUUGGAGAGUUUAAUUACGGAUCUAUUGAUAAAAUUCAUCCUAAUGCAAAUAGAAUCUUCUAAAAUUUGAUUCAAAAUGAGGAUUUAAGUAUCUAUCAAGGUGAUUAUGAUAAUAAAACAAACAAAAGAGAUGGAAGAGGAUGA